UGGACUCGUUGACCCCGACGGCCAUUGGUUUCCGUUGUUAUGAAUGCUCAGCGGGCGUCAGGUGCGCAACGAGAUCAUUUGGACGAUUUGAUUCAAACCGAUUAUUGUGCCGUUUUUAUACAGCAUUAUAAACGCGUUAGAAAGCUUUGUAUUGUGGAUUUGGCAAGAUCACGUUGCUGUCGCUUUAAAAGCUCCAGACAGAACGUCUCAUAUGAUUUUGGACCUCCAAUCAACUCUCCCAAACCCUUCUGCACGCGGACAUGGCGAACGGGACAGAUGUUUAUACAGAAGAGAUCUAAAUCACAUCUGUUUUCAAGGAAAGCAAUAAUUGAAAUGCUGAGGAGGGUAACCGAUGCUGCUUGGAGGCAAGAGACCACUGAAUCACCAUGCUCAUAGUGGAGCAAACUGCCAAUCACCCAUCUGCAGAGUUCUCCCUGGUCGAGGAUGUGGCCCUUCACUGCACCUUUUUGAUGGACAGCCUGAACAAGCAGCGUCUGUUCCAGCCAGAUCUAUGCGAUGUGGACAUUGUGCUCCUUCAUCACCAGACUUCAUUUCGGGCCCAUAAGGGUGUACUUGCAGCCUACAGUCCCUUCUUCCACUCCCUCUUUUCAUCUAGUAAGGAACUGCAGCGAGUGGAGCUUUCUCUGGAGGCACUCAGACCCCAAGGCCUGCAGCAAAUUCUUAACUUCAUCUACACCUCUAAGCUGCUGGUCACCAGCUGCAAUGGCCAAGAUGUCCUCAAAGCUGCCAGUGUGCUUCAGAUGAGCAACAUUGCCAAUUCCUGUAGUGAGCUAAUUAACAGGGGCUCACUGGAAGUCAGUUCCAGCAUGGACACGAACAGACAGGACGCCGGUGCUCAGAGCUGGAGCAACAGCAAGAGCAACUCGGUAAACUCAGUUCACAUGGAAAUCAAGCAUGAGAAAGACCCGACCUGUGCCAAAAUCUAUGUAGGGAAACGUGAAGGUGGCCCAUAUGCUGUUAAGGUAGGAGAAGGACGUUCAGAAAACAUGCAAGUAAUUUCAUUUAAACUAGAAGGUGAUACCGGAAGCUCGAAAGACCCUGAGGAUCUUGCAUCAUUUAAUCGAGAGCAAAUUAUAGUCGAGCUCAAUUUGAACAACCAGACCCUUAAUGUGUCCAAAGGUUCAGAGGGAGGUUCUCCUAAAACAUCCCUAUUAGAGCAACAGGUUCAGGGACAAGUAAGGAGCGGUGAUAAUCCAAGGGCCAAUUUUGCCAUGGAAGAGGAGGAGGAGGAUGAAGAAGAGGGAGAGCCAAGUGAAGAAGGAGAUGUGGCACUUGGAGGCACCAGUGAGGAAGAAGGUGGCACAACUCACUGUGAUCCCACAUUAUCUGUAUUCAUGUCCGAAAGAUCCCUAAAGCAAACUCAAGCCUCCAACGAUGCAGCCACAAUGGCCUCCGUGACAGAAAAUUCGGGAGCGAGGCAGGAAAAGAGUCAUAGCGGGAGCGCUGAGGAAUGUGAAGGUCUGGAGCAGAGUUUUCCUUGUGUUAGGUGCCCCAAGAUUUUCCACAACCGCUGGUUUCUGGAAAAGCACAUGAACAUGACACAUAGCCACAUGCAGAUCUGUGACAAGUGUGGCAAGCGCUUCCUGCUAGAGAGCGAGCUACUGCUACAUCACCAGACCGACUGUGAAAAGACAAUACAGUGUCUAACUUGUGGAAAAGCCUUCAGGAAGCUCUGGUCCCUCCAUGAGCACAAUAAGAUUGUUCAUGGCUAUGCUGAGAAGAAAUACACUUGUGAGAUUUGUGAGAAGAAAUUCUACACAAUGGCUCAUGUACGCAAACACAUGGUUGCCCACACAAAGGAGAUGCCUUUCACCUGUGAGACAUGUGGAAAGUCUUUUAAAAGGAGCAUGUCACUUAAAGUCCACACUCUCCAACACUCAGGAGAGAAACCAUUUCAGUGUGAGGUCUGCAGUGAAUGUUUUCAAUAUAAGUACCAGCUACGCUCUCACAUGAGUAUCCACAUUGGACACAAGCAGUUUAUGUGUCAGUGGUGCGGGAAGGACUUCAAUAUGAAACAGUAUUUUGAUGAACACAUGAAGACACACACAGGAGAGAAACCAUAUAUAUGUGAGAUCUGUGGAAAGAGCUUCACAAGUCGACCGAAUAUGAAGCGUCACCGCCGUACACACACCGGAGAGAAGCCUUACCCAUGUGAAAUGUGUGGCCAGCGAUUUCGCUUCUCAAACAUGCUGAAAGCUCAUCGAGAGAAAUGUUCCCAGGUCAAGAACCCUCCGACCUCUGAGGUCAAUCAAUCAGAUUAUAACUCCACUAUGACUAAACCAAUGGAAGCUACUGCCAAUCAAGAACUUCGAGUCAGGAUUGAUUCACAGAGAGAUAUUAACCCACAUCUGCACGCCGUUAGCACUUUUUCAUCACAUGUGCUGCAUUCAGAAGAUGGGAGCCCAUCACAAUCUCAGCUGCGUCCGUUUUCGUCUGUCUUCUCUUCUGCAAGGACAGAUUCUAGGAAUCUGUAACAACUGCUCUUAUAUAACUUUUUUCGUAUGCAGAGGUGCUAAUGUAGCAAAGAGAGUCUUAGAUUUUCUAAUAGCCACAUGAAAUGAAUAAGCUCUGUGCUAAGAUAAAUCUUAGUUAAUUAACUAUAGUAUAUGUAUAGUACAUAUGCUUUAUUUACAGUAUAAGAAACGGAAAUAAAAGAUUAGAGCUUUCAAUGUACACAUUGUGUAGCCGUUACAAUUUAGAUUUUUUAAUUUACAUAUACAAGUAUUGUUUGUAUUUGGGAUCAUAAUAACGACCUAUGAGUCAAUAGAUUUCAUUUCUGGCACCUUUACUGGCUUAAUACUAAACAUGUAAAAGGCUUCAGAAAUAUUUGUUGUACACAUGCCUUUUUUUAAUAGUCAUAUAAUUUCUGUGAGGAUAUUUUUGCUGUACUUUUACAAAUAGUUUCUUGUUUUAAUACAAUUUGUGUGUAUUGUAUUUUAAAGCACUUUAAUAAUAUAAGUCAAAUAAUUCUCAAUUUUUUAAAUACUAUACAAUGUGUUUCAGCAGCUGGUGUAGCUGGUAAUUUAGGAGUCAAUGACUCAGUAGUUUUGUUACACAAGUUUGAAAAAUCUUCGUAAAGGUUUCUUGUUGUGGUCUUGUCCAAAAUCAUUGUCCAAUCAUGUCACUGUAGGUCACCUAAACAACAGCACUUAUGUGGGUGUGUGUGAAUUAUUAGAGAUUUAUGUAAUCUCAUAAAUAAAAAUAAUAAUAAAAACAAGUUACUUGCCACAAUUCAAAUUCAAACUCUAAUGUUGUGUCUUCUAAGUUAAAGUCUAUUUAACCGGUCAGAACAUUGAGGGGUGGUUUCCCGGAAAGAGGUUAGACUAGUUUUAGACUAAAAUAAAUGUAAGUGCUUUCCAAACUGAAAACAACAUAUCUUAACAUAUAUCAUUGCCCUUUGUUUUGCCUCAAAAUGCACACAAGUAAUGUUUUUAAUAAGACAUGUUUGUUAAAACUAGUUAUAUUUCCUAAUUAAACUAAGAUCUAGUCCUGGCUUAAACUAAUCCCUGUCUGGGAAACCACCCCAUAGUCUCUGAUGUUUUCAAACUUAUAAUAUAAUGUUUAAACAGCAAUAUCUUUUUUAUUACCGUAUGCACAGUGUUUCAACUUAUUUUAGCAAGCAUUAGUGUUUGUGUCUUUGCUGUGCUCAACUUUACUGCUUGUUUUUCAUUAUCAUAAUAUAAUUUACUGUAUAAACAUUUGUCUUUAAUGCCCUAUCAUUAUAAAUGUCAUAAUGAAACGGCAAUAGCAUCACAAAACGGCACCUUAUUCAUAUAAUUUUUCAUCUUAUUAAAUAAGUACUAGCAGAUGAGCUGUUCAUGAAAAAUUAAAAAAGUAUUGAAAUGACUGAUAUGAAUUUAUAUGGUAUUUGUAAGCCUCAGUAUAGUCUGUCAGGCGCAUUGUGUACUUUAUAGUUUCAGUCUAUGUCUAUAUUCCAUAAUUACUCAUUUCUUUACCUGUAUUUUCAUUAUUGUCAUGUGGCUUUGGAAAUAACAGUGUGUUUGCCACUGAUCUGUAUGUUGUUUGAGUUUUAAUUUUAGUUUGGUCAUUGUUUUUUGUUCCAUUCUCUUUCAUUUAUUUCUCUCAUUUUGGAUUGUAUUGGUCAUAAUUAAAUACUGUUACAUUGUAGUUGCCAUCUGAAAUAUAAUAUAUCAUAUAAUGAAAGCAAUUAAUGUACACUCAUUUAUAAAUCAACUCAAAUAAUCCUUCAGUUAUGACAUAAAGCAUUCCUAUGAAAAUGUAUGGUCCUGUCUUUUAUCUGCUGAGUUUUUUUUUUUU